AUGGAGACAGUAGAGGACGAAGGACAGCGCGUGCUGAAGAAGCAGCGGCUCAGUGCCGACCAGAUCGACCGCCACCUGGACGAGCUCCUGACACACGUGGAGAAGACCAAGCAGCGGCUUAUGAAGCGGCAGGAGGAGGUGUACCGCAAGAAGAACAAUUACCGGCCGUCGGGUUCGCCGCCCGUAAGAACAACUGACUGUCGUGAAUUGACACAGAAUGAAGUGACUCAAACGAGCGACAGCACUAGUGCCGAGAGGUCGCGCGCUCUGGAGAAGUCCGAUCUCGAAUCAAAAGACGCGGAGACCAUUGGGUUGCAGAAUAAUGAGACGGAGUCGAUCAUCAGGGACUUUGUUGAACGGGUGCAGCGACUGAAUGUUGACAAGAACGUCGCGAGUGAGCUCAAGUCGAUGCACGUGCUGCUGUCUAAGUAUUCCAAGCACAUUGACAAGAACCUCUGUACAGAUAUUGCCAAGGUGUGUCGCACGCAAGACUUUGACGAGAAACUAGUGUCUCGUCUUGUUGCAGAGCAUUUGUAUCAAGACGGUCAAAUCAAUGCGGCGGAUGUCUUGUGCAAGGAGGCAAAACUCGAGCUACUGCCAGCAUACAGGGACUGCUAUGUCGAGCUGCAUCGUAUCUUGAAAGCAAUAACAAUGCAUGACGUGCAGCCGGCACUCGAGUGGGCACGGCAGAAUCGGAAGGCACUAAGGCUGAUGGACAUCGACAUCGAGUUCCAGUUGGUGCGACUCAAGUACGUCGAUAUCCUCGAAACUUCGCCGGAUAUGAUGGAUGCAGUUGGCUUCGCCAACAGAGAACUUUCGUUGUUUCAUCAGACACAUGCCGAAGAGGUGGGCGUGUUGAUGAGCUGCUUGCUCUACAAGGGAAAACUCGACGAAUCGCCGUAUCGAAAUCUGUUUAGCGAUAGUCGCUGGACGGAGAUUAACGAUGCCGUGAUCCAAGCAUGUUGCCGCCUUCGUCGUGUUCCGCACCGGUCUUACCUCGAAACAUGCUUGUCCGCUGGUGUAUCCGCACUGCCCGCGAUGCGAAAGCUUGUGUCGGUGAUGGGUAGUAAGUUGGCUGACUGGGACAGCAUGGAGGAACUUCCUGUGGAGAUCCCUGUUGCAAAAGAGCUGCGGUUUCACAGCGUGUUUUCGUGUCCCGUGUCCAAGGAGGAAAGCACUUCCGAGAACCCACCAAUGCUGUUGAAAUGUGGCCAUGUGAUUUGCCGCUCCUGUGUCAAUCGGUUCUCCUUCCACAAGACUCGACGAUUCAAGUGUCCUACUUGCCCCGUCGAACAAACGGAAAGUGAAACGCGUACACUGUUUUUCUAA